AUGCAGUCUUAUCUGCAGUAUCGACGAUUGGGCAACGCUGUGCGUGCACAGCUAAGCACCGCCCAUGUUCAACAUGAUGCCUCCCCCGUGAAAGAACAUUCGAUCCUGAGCCGAGAAACAACGUCCGAAACAGCGAGUGCUACAAGUGCUACACCUCGCAAUUCCGACUUCGAAAUCAAUCGCAAUGAUCCUGAGACGAGACCCAAUCCCCUGGCGCAGAGUAAAUCCCAGCGCUCCGAGAAGACCGCCCUAGCGCUUUCCCUGGCCGGCGUCGAUGUACAAAAACAGCGCGAAUCGACGAAUCAGCCCAUCGACCUUUUCAUUGUUGGCUGGAAUGGCGAGGAUGACCCCCAGAACCCCCGAAACUAUUCCUUCUCGAGGCGUUUGGUUGCAACCCUGCUUGUCUCGGCCCUUGGCUGGGUCGUUGGCGCAGCAUCGUCGAUCAAUUCGGGUGUCUUACCUCAGAACACUGCAGCUUUUCACGUUAGCGACGUUGUUGGAUCCCUCGUGACUGGAAUCUAUCUCCUCGGCUUUGCAGCUGGCUCCCUCUUUAGUGGCCCGCUAUCUGAAAUUCUCGGUCGCAAUGCUGUCUACGCGGGCUCCCUAACUCUCUUCAUGAUCUUCAUCAUGGGCUCUGCGCUCGCCCCAAAUAUUGGUGCCCAGCUGGCUUUCCGUUUUCUCGCCGGUAUCUUCGGCUGUCCGGCCCUAACCUGCGCCGGAGGCACCAUUGCCGAUCUAUGGAACCCGCUCGAAAAAACCAUCUACUUCCCAAUGUAUGCGGUCCUCUCUUUCGGUGGACCGGUUCUUGGGCCCGUGCUUGCCUCAUACAUGGGCCAGACAGGUGUCCUCUCCUGGCGCUGGACAGCCUGGCUCAUCCUGAUCCUAUCCGGCGCUGUCCUCAUCCUGAUCGUCCUGUUCCAGCCUGAGACUUAUGCACCGCUCCUCCUCAGAUGGAAAGGGAAACACCUGCGACGUGAAACUGGCGAUUCCCGCUUUCGAUCCGAGAUGGACAUGGAGAAAAUCGCGCUGUUCACCCGUAUCGGCGGCGCCAUGAAGCGCCAGUUCCUGAUCACCAUUCACGAGCCAAUCAUCCUGCUGAUCUCGCUGUACAUGACGGUCCUGUAUAUCGUGCUGUUCACUUUCUUUGACGGUUACACGUACAUUUUCACAGAUACUCACGGCCUGAGCCAGGGUUUGACCAACAUUGUAUGGGUUGCGAUGUAUGUUGGCAUCAUCCUCGCCGCAGCCCUGGUUUUCCCCAUAUACGCCUGGACAAAGAAGGACUUCACUCGUGCUGCACAAGAUGCAAAUGGCACUGAUCUGGCAACAAAUCCGCACGCCUUGGAUAACGUGCACACGCAACCAGAGAUCCGGCUGUGGUUCGCGAUGUUCGGGGCCCCGGCGAUUCCGAUUAGUUUGUUCUGGAUGGGGUGGACGGAUUUUGCCUCCGUCUCAAUCUGGUCCCCCAUCAUCGCAUCCUCCGUCUUCGGCUUCGGCACCAUCUGUGUCUUCAUCAGCUCCUACAUGUACGUGAUCGACUCGUACAGCAUCUACGCCGCCUCCGCGCUAGGCUUUAUGACUGUGUCCCGGUACUGCGCCGCCGGUGUCAUGACCGUCGUCGGGAUCCCGUUCUAUAGUAACAUGGGAGUCCAUUGGACUUUGACAAUUCUGGGCUGUAUCAGUGCGCUGAUGGUUCCGGUGCCAUAUGUAUUCUAUCGCUAUGGACCAGUUAUUCGGCGUUGGAGCCGUUAUGCUGUCACGGAGGACGUCAAAGUGUGA